CGCGCGCCCGCCUCGCGCCCUACUCCCCCUUCCGGCCAGCCGGCGCGCGCCCGCCCGGUGUCAGCGAGCAUGGCGGCGGGUGGAGAGUGCUACCUGGGCAUCGACCUCAGCACGCAGCAGAUGAAAGCCAUAGUUAUUGAUGAUGAUCUGAACAUAAUCCAUGAGGCCAAUGUGAAGUUUGAUGAUGAUUUUCCAGAGUUUGGGACCAAGAAUGGUGUCCAUGUACAGAGUGACAAGCUAACUGUUACAACUCCUGUUCUGCUGUGGGUAAAGGCAUUGGAUUUACUCUUGGACAGGAUGAAAGCUGCAAACCUUGAUUUUUCAAAGUUGAAGUCUUUGUCUGGUUCUGGUCAACAACAUGGCAGUGUUUAUUGGAAGGAGGGAGCCAAUCAGACCUUGAAAAACAUGCCUGCUGACCUUUCCCUGCACCAGAUAUUGGAGUCCAGCUUCUCAGUUAAGGAUUCUCCUGUCUGGAUGGACUCCAGUACUACUGAAGAAUGCCUCCAACUAGAGAAGUGUGUUGGAGGACCACAGAAGCUGGCUGACAUCACUGGAUCACGUGCUUAUGAGCGUUUCACAGGAAACCAAAUUGCAAAGAUCAACAAGAAGAAUCCUGAAGAAUACAAGAAAACAGAGAGAAUCUCUCUAGUCAGCAGCUUUAUUGCUUCCCUGUUUCUUGGAAACUAUGCAGCAAUCGAUUAUAGUGAUGGUUCUGGUAUGAACUUGAUGGAUAUCCAUACACACACGUGGUCACAGCAGUGUCUUGAUGCUUGUGCUCCUGGUCUGAAGGAAAAGCUUGGUGUCCCACUGCCAUCGCACUCUGUACUGGGGUCAAUAUCACCAUACUUUGUGAAACGGUUUGGAUUUAGUUCUGAGUGUAAGGUCAUUGCAUUCACCGGAGACAAUCCAGCAUCACUGGCAGGAAUGCGACUUCAGCAGGGAGAUAUAGCAGUAAGUCUUGGAACAAGUGAUACUGUCUUUCUCUGGAUUCAGGACCCAACACCCACGCUGCAGGGACAUAUUUUUUGCAACCCAGUUGACAGCGAUGCCUACAUGGCACUCAUUUGUUUUAAGAAUGGCUCCUUGACAAGAGAGAGGAUCCGCGAUGAGAGUGCCCCUGGUUCAUGGGAUGAAUUUACAAAGGCUUUGAAAGCAACUUGUCCAGGGAAUAAUGGAAAUUUAGGUUUUUAUUUUGAUGUGAUGGAGAUCACUCCUGCUGCCAGUGGGGUUCAUCGAUUUGACGAUAGAGAUUGCAAAGUGUCAGAGUUUUCAAAAGAGGUGGAGGUUCGAGCUGUUCUAGAGAGUCAGGCAUUGGCUAAAAAAGCAUAUGCUGAGAAGCUGGGCUACAAAGUCUUGCAAGGGACCAGAGUGUUGGCCACCGGUGGAGCUUCCAUGAACCCAGAUAUACUGCAGGUCUUGGCAGAUGUGUUCAAUGCCCCAGUGUACACAAUAGACACAACUAAUUCUGCUUGCCUCGGAUCUGCUUACAGAGCAAAACAUGGUUUGGAAGCACCAAUGGGACGGUCCUUCGCAAAUUCGGUGAAAAUGGCAGCCUCGUCAAAGUUGGCAGUCAAACCCGUAUGUGAAGCAGACAAGAUAUAUUGUCCAAUCCUGGCACGCUAUCAGGAGCUGGAAAAGUUGGUGCGGAGCAGUGCCUGCAUGGUGAAGGACUAAUCUGGUUGCACCCCUUCGACUCUUCAAAAAAAUGAAGCCUUUCAAUUUGUCAUGCCGAUACCAGCUCCUUUAAUGAGUUCUAUACAGAUGUUUCCUCAUUUACACUUAAAAUUCAUUCCAGUGGAAUCCAGCUCCAACAUACAGGUAGUGUACUCCAAAUCUUAGUGUGAAGAAAUUUCUUCUCUAAAGACUAGGACAAUUGUUGUAAAUCGGUGUCCUUGGACUUGCAAGAGAAAACAGUUCUCCCUACUCUGAGCUCCUCUGUCAGAUCCCAGCUUCACCUUCUGUGCAGUUAGGAGAACAAUCCCAACUUUUUCCUUGUUUCACCAAAUGCCUGUACCUCAGUCUGGAACCACCCUGAUAUUCCAUCUCUGUGACCUCUCCAUAGUGGAAUCCUAGCCGCAGUGUAGUAACCAAACCCUUGCAUGAUGCUUUAGAAUGGAAUCAUAGAGCUCUACAGCACAGCAACAGGCCCUUCAGCCCAUCUAGUCCAUGCUGAACUGAUCCGCACCUGGAUCAUAGCCACCACCCCCAUACCCCUCAUAUCCAGGUACCUAUCCAAAUGUCUCUCAAAUGUUGAAAUCAAACCAGCACCCACCGUUUUUGUUGGCAGCUCGUGUUCCCCCUCAUGAUCCCCUUGAGCAUUUCACCUUUCACUCUUAACCCAUGACCUCUAGUUCUAGUGUCACCCAUCCUCUGUCUGCUUUGCACGACCUCUAGCUCCAGCUCCAGCCUGGACCCCCAGUCUCCCCUUCCCCCACUAGUUCUGGCCGUUUCACCUUCAUGGAUGUUCAGUCCCUAUACACUUCAAUCCCCCAUCAGGAUGGCCUCAAAGACUCCCCCUUUUUUCUUGACAGAGAACCAGUUCCCCUCCACCACGACGUUCCUCUGUCUGGCGGAACUGGUUCUCACCCUAAACAAUUUUUCCUUCGGCUCCUCCCACUUUCUCCAAGCUAUGGGCACUUCAUCAGCUAUAUCGAACAGUCUAUGAUUGAAGCCUUUCCCGGUUAUACUCUCCGACUCUUUCACUGCUACAUUAACGACUGUGCCAGUGAGACUUCAGGUACCUAUGCUGAGCUUGUCAAUUUUAUCUACUUUGCCUCUAACUUCCACCCUGCCUUUUAGUUCACUUGGACCAUUUCUCACCCAUCCCACCUCUUUCUUGAUCUCUCUGUCUCCAUCUCUGGAGACAAACUGUCAACUGACAUCUUUUAUAAACCUACUGAUUCCCAUGGCUAACUUAACUAUUCCUCUUCUCACCCUAUCUCCUAUAAAAAUGCUAUUCCCUUUUCUCAGGUUUUUUGCCUCUGCUGCAUCUGUUCCCAGGGUGCAGCUUUCUGUUCCAGAACAUCAGAGGUGUCCUCCACUAAAGACUGGGGUUUCCCUCCCUCUACUAUAGAUGCUGUCCGUGCCUGCAUCGCCUCAGUUUCCAGUACAUCCACGCUCAGCCCAUCUUCCUGCUGCCUUAAUAGUGAUAGAGUUCCUUUUGUCCUUGCCAACAACCGUAUCAGUCUCCACAACUUCCGCCAUCUCCAAAGGGAUCCUGCCACUAAACGUAUCUUUACCUCCCCACCUCACUCUGACUUCUGCAGAAAUUGCUCCCUCCGUGAUUCCCUUGUCCAUUGGUCGGUCCCUUCCCACUAAUCCCCCUCCAGGCACUUCUCUCUGCAAGCUGCCCACGUGCUACACCUGACCAUUCACCUCCUCCCUCACCGACAUUCAGGGUCCCAAACAGUCCUUCCGAGUGAGGCAACACUUCACCCGCGAAUCUGCUGGGGUUGUCUACUGUGUCCGGUGCUCCUGGUGCCCCCUCCUCUGCAUUGGUGAAACCCCUCAUGGAUUGGGGGACCGCUUCGUCGAGCACCUCUGCACCAUCCGCCAUAAGCGGGACUUCCUGGUGGCCAAACAUUUUAAUUGUGAAUCCCAUUCCCGUUCCGACGUGAUGAUCUAUGGCCUUCCCUUGUGCUGAGAUGAGGCAACCCUCUGGGUGGAGGAGCCACACCUCGUAUUCUGUCUGGGUACCCCGCAGUCUGAUGGCAUGAAUAUCCAUUUCUCCUUUCAGUAAGCUAGCUCUCUCCCCCCUCUCCCUCUGUUCCCCACUCUGAUCUUUCACGACUGCUCAUCUGCCUUUCACUUCCCACUAGGUUUUGUGUGUGUUGCUUUACCUUAUCUAUACCCCCCAACAUUCUGUAUACCUGUAUCAAAUCUUCCCUCAGUCUCCUAUACGCUCUAGGGAAUAAAAUUCUGAGCUUUAGUUUGAAAUUUAGACCAUGAUGUCUAAAGGGUUGACACAACUUGAUUAUUUCAAAAGGGUGACACUGUGGUGCAGCAGUUAGUACUGAUGCCUUACAACCCUGGGGACUCGGGUUGAUCCAGACCUGAGUUUUCGCACAUUUUCUCUGUGAAUGCAUGGCAUUUCUUUAGUUUCCCUCUGCAUGCCGCAGUCAUCCCGGAUCCCGGCAGGUCAGUGAACCACUGUAAGCCAUCCCUCCGUGUAGAUUUUGCAAACUGAUUCGAAGAGCAGUGGAUGAGCAUGCGUGAGAGAGGAAGUUGGCGGAGGGGGUAAAGAGGAAAUGGAACUAUUGCAGUUAUUCCCCUGGAAUGGGCCUGUGAGCUCAAUGGUCUGCUAUAAGAAUGGGAUAAUAUUUGCUGCCACCCACUUAGAGUCCAAGAUAUCGAUUCUAAAUUAGAGAAAUUGUGCACUGCCACUUUCAAAGUCUGGUCAAAUCUACAUCCUGGAUACAUUUUUCUUUUGCAUCCUUUUCAGAAUCAUUUUGUUUAGAUUGCAGCAUAUAUCCAUGUUGAAUCCACAGAGUGCAACACCCCACUUUAGCUCCGUGCCAGCCCAUCUCAUCAGUGUGUCCAUAUUCCCCUGGUCUCCUACUAACCUGUUCAGCAGUUACGAAGUGUCACCCACGUAACUGUACUCCUCAUAGCCACUCCGGUAAUUUAUUUAUAGUUGUUUGAUUUAAAUUGUAAUUAUCAUUGGCAUUAUUUGUGGUUAUUAGAGAAUCCAACCCAAAGAUACUCAGACCACACAAUAAAUUUGUAUUUUACCAGUAUUUUCCUGAUGAAAUUCCUGUAGCUUUUUUGUGCCAAGUGUAAAUGCAAUGGCAUUAUAAUGUUGUAAUAAACAGUAAAAAUAUCCAGCUGUUACAUAUAGCUAAGAAUGGUGUAACUAAUUAACACAUAGCUCAAUGCCAGGAAUGACUCAUUGAGUGUAUUAGGCCAUAUGGCCUCUUUUAGUGCUGUAUUUUUUAUCAAAUUCUCUGUAAUUGUUCUAGUGAUGUUUCAUUCAUCUCUUCAUUUCAGCAUUAAACCUGCACCCCCAGCGCGCGUGCGCACACACACACACACACACACACACACACACGACCUAGGCCCCAGACACAGUCACAUCCACCUUCACCCUCAUGCUCACCGGCACACUCACCCUCACCCACAUAGUCUCUCGCACACGUGCAUCCCCAAUAUCCACCACACAUACCCUGUUCAGCCUUACCCACACACUCCCCCUCAUACACACGUGUGUGCACACACCCACCCCCAUACACAUACACACACCCCUCAUAUCCACCACAAACACCAUACUCAGCCAGACCCAUACACCCUACAUAAACCUGUACAUAUGCACACACUCAAAAGCUGAUAGUAAGGAAGCAUGGAUUCCAGUAUUCAACCAUUGGUAUAACAGAAGGAGAUUGGAAUAGCUGGUGAUAUUUUGGAGCCUUGGUGUUCAAGUCACACUAAAUUUAGGUUUUAUUAUUGGAGGAAAGGCAGAAACAAAGAGUGGAGUUUUUAGUCUUGAGGUCUUGGGAAGAAUUAAAUCUGAGUGAAAGAUUGUCCCAAGUCAACGACCCUUUGCUGUAUCUGGAAAAGAGAGAAGGUGAAUUUGCUUAAAUUGUGAGAAGGUGGAGGGGGUGAUGGAUUGGACAAAGGGAGUGUGUGUGAUAAAUCUCCAUUAAUGAACUGGUGGCAUUUCUACACCAAUACAGAACACAUUUCUGGUUCUGGAUGCAAGUUACAAAUGACCAUGUUCAUCAAAAUCAAAUCCUAGUUCAGUCAACAUCACUUGACAAAUGCCCUCCAAGCAGAUACCGAUCUGUUGCAAUUUUGCUGCAAGGUCUCACAGUGCAUUUUCCAAAUGCUUUGCUGCAAUUAAAUUCCCUGUGUUUUAGGAAACUGUUGUUAAGAUAACGCUACAAUGAAUGGCCAGCUACAUUUCUCUACUUACUGAAGGUAUAUUACAAUGAAUUGUCACAUACUGAAAUGCACUGAGAUAUUGUCGUUAUAUUAAUUCAUCACACUCAUUAGUUUGAUGAAGUUAUGGUAUAAUUACAAUAAAGUCACUUGGUGAUUAAUAAUGCUGAUAUUGUGACUUUGCUUCGGCAAUGUUGCUUCUUUCCUCUUCUUUGGCAGGGUCG